UUCUUUUUAAAAAAGGGGGGAUAACGUAUUUUAGCUAGUAUGUACAUAUAUUCACCAACACCCCCAUAUUUUCCUAAUAUAUAUCUUUCCAUCUAUUGAAAAUAUUGCAAUAUUUGUCUUCAAUUCAAACAUUUAAUAACUUAAGUAAUAUCAAGGAAGAUGUAUGCAAGUUAAACACAUUAAACUCAUUUUUAUCAAAUUAUAUAAAUGUACAUUGAUUCAUUGAACAGUUCAGAAACGUCCAAAAAUAAGUCCUCGUCCAUCCCGCGCUGACACAAACUCGUCAGUGACUUCUGAUAUGUCCAUUUUAUCCGUAGCUUCCCUGUGGGUGUGUAGAAUCAUCAAGUGAUUAAGUGAUUAAGCCUCUCCUGUGUCAUAGUCGCACGAAGAUAGGUCUUGACUCGGCUCAGUGUAGAGAAUGUCAGCUCACUUGUGGCAUUAGUGGCUGGCAUCACUAAAAUGAGUCUUAAGAAAGUUACAAUCUCCGAGAACAGACAUUUGGUAGCUGGAGGCAUUUCAGACACUAACUUUACCAAAUACGAAAUAGACACAACACUAGUUGAUGAAUUGUUCAAGUUGUUUCUCGCAAAUGAUGUGAAUGUUUCCAGCUGCGAAGAUAGAGAUGUCUGGUCCAAAUCAUCACAGUAAAAUUUUAUCACGAAGUCCAGAUUUUCUGUGUAUGUCUUGUCACCACGUACAUACUUCAAAAGAACGUCCUCUAAAUGUCGGUACACUUGGUAGCCCGGCUGGUCAAAACGAUCCUUCACACAGUUGACUACUAAAUCUAAAACCUCAAAAUACUGCUGUCUGAUGCUGCAAACUCUGGAGGGGCGUUUCCUGUUUCAAACCGCUUCGGCAUUUUUCUUGGCUCAUUGAUAUCUAGAUCGUCAAGUUUGUUGUUGAGAGAUUCCCAUAAAGUAUUGAAGGACUCUUCCUUUCGCAUUUCACUGAGCGAUGACAACCUACUUCACCUUUUUCUUUACUUUUCUAUUUUUUUUAUUAUUAUUUUUUUGCAAAAUUAUUGGGUCGGCGACCACCGCCCCUGCCGCCCCUUUGCCGACGCCCCUGCAUAGAGGAAGGACUUUUUGGUAAAUGUGUGUUUGAAUUGUUGCGCACAUAAAUUGAAUUAACAAUUUUUUAUAAUAAUUGCGUGCCUUAAUUAGUUAUGCUAUAUUUAUUGAUAUCAUAUACAAUAAAUAAAACUUGAUUAUUAGGAAGUUACAUGGAGCUCCAAAAUAAAUGUUUCAUAUAUGUAACAUAAAUGAUCUCUCUCAGUAUUUAGAUAAUGUUUGUACGUAUCCAGUUGUAAUCCGCCAUGCCGAAUAGUUGACCAAAGACAAAACAAACAGUUUUUCCUGCAAAUGUGUUUAUAAUGGUAGUUUUUGUCCAGUGUGACAAUUUAAGGGCAAAAUUACGUUGUCUCUUCUCAGCAAACGCAAUGGUGAGUGUAACGGUUAGAGGAGGUCUGGUUUUAAUUAGAUUGGGGCUGGGGGUCCCUCAUUUCAUUAAAGCGAGUACAAACAUCAGAGUUAUCUUUUCAUACACUAGCGAUAACGAAGUAUCGAGGUCAAACUUUAAAAUUAAAACGCUCCACUAGAGAUCAACGUGCAUUAUGGACCGACAGAAAUGGCUGGAUCUGGCCGGGUAUACUGCCGUGAGCUGCAGCGCCUAUUUCUCCGGGGCCUCAUUGUACAUAAAUUGGGUCCAGGUGCCCACGAUGUUUGCCGUGGCCCCGGACACCAGGACACUGUUGCGUGAAUGGAGGGAGACGUACACACGUGCCCGGGUGAUCCAGGGUACCUUUGCAGUGGUGGGUACGGCGUCGGGAUUGGUCGUUUAUUUCCUGACUGACCGCGGGCAGUAUCGCUGCUUGUGGCUGGCCGGAGCGCUGUCUCUACUCUCCGGACUGCCAUGGACCAGGCUUGUCAUGAUGCCAGACAUCAAGAAACUCAAAGAGGAGAAUGUUUUGGAAAGGAGAGGUGACACCUGGGUAAAGGAGAAGAUCGCACGCUGGAACAGACUCCAUGCCUUCAGAACAAUAGCAUCGAGUGUGGCAUUCGACCUUAUGAUGGCUGCUAUCUAUCUAGACAGGAUGACGUAAUAAAAAUGAGAGGAUCUCUGCACUCUUCAUUGUCAGGGACGGCGUAUGUCGGAAUGUGGAAGCCAGCUGUGAACUUCUUUAGAUUCUGAUAUAGCAACAAAACAUUCAUGAACAAAUCUCUGAGUGCCAUAUUUUUUUAGUUAAAGUUUUAUAUAAUUGAUAUUUCAGAUCGAAUGAACUUGGACAGGGUAAUCUAGUUUUCUAAUAAAAUUAGAAAUCCAGCA